AUGCCGUACAAGAGGUCGCUCGACCUCCCCGUCGCGGUCAACGAGUCCAUCACCGUCGAGCUCGACCCGCUCCCGCCGCCCGAAGACCUCCAGGUCUUCAUCGAGGCCCUGAUCGACGAGCGGCCCCCCUCGCGCUACUGGACCCGCCUCGCAUCCCAGUGCUGGAUCGAGCACCGUCAGCAAGAGGCCGAGCUCAUCUGCCAGAAGGGAACCCAGGUCCUCUCCCGCUCCAAGCCCACAGAGGCCAUUCCCCUCUACUCGCUCCUCGCCGCCUUUGGCUUCGAUCGUGCAAAGGGCGCGCCCAAGCAGAUCCUUCAGGACGCCCAGUACCAGAACCUCUCGGCGCAGCAGCCCAAGGACACGUACUACCGCGAUGUCAUUGCCAGCCUCAACCAGUCGCAGCCCAUCGAGCCCUCGCACCAUCUCAACCAGCUCACACGCGCCAUCCACCAGACCAAUACCGGCGACAAUGACGGCGCCCUUCGCAUCUACGACACCAUCCUGCUCAAGCAGCCCCGCCACGCCAUCGCCCUCCUCGGCAAGGCCUGCAUCCUGCUCCGAAAGCGGCAGUACGCCCCCGCCCUCCGCCUUUACCAGCAGGUCCUCGAGAUCAGCCUCAUCAUCCAGCGCAAGGCCGACAGCGAUCCCGAGGAGCAGCAGGGCUGGAAGGGACCCGACGCCCGCGUCGGCAUCGGUCUCUGCCUCUGGGGCCUCGGCCACCACGAUCCCGCCCGCAAGGCGUGGAAGCGUGCCACGGCCGUCAACCCGAACAACUCGGCCGCCCACCUGCUCCUCGCCCUGUCGUCGAUCAACGUCUCGAAGCAGACCUCGGCCCUGAUGCCCGGAACCUUCGGCACGGAAAUCGAGCGCAGCGAGCACGAGGCCCGUGAGAUGGCCUACACCGAGGGCAUGGCCUCGCUGCAGCAGUCCUGGAAGCUCGAGAAGCGCAACGCCAUGGCAGCCGUGGCCAUGUGCGAGUUCUUCAUCAACAAGGCGAGCGAGGCGGCCAAGCAGCCGGGUGCGGAAGCCCAGGCGACCGUGGCCAGCAGCUACGCCUCGGCGCUCAAGCUUGGCGAACACGCCAUCCAGUACGCCGACUCGCGCGCCGCCGUGGUCCAGGCGUGGCUCUGCUACGCUCGCGCCUCGCACCUCGCCUCGCAGCUGCCCGCCAACAGCACCAACCCGGAGCUAAAGUUGCAGGCGCAGCGCUACUACACCCGGGCCAUCGAGGACCUGUCGCGCCAGUCGGGCGGCGGUGCCGGCUCGCAGCAGCUGCCUCCAAGCCUGACGCUUGCUGUCCUCGGCCUGGCUCAGUGCCAGCUGGCCAACCGCGACUUUUUGGCGGCCACCAACACCCUCGACAGCCUCACCAGCCGGCCGGCGUCGUCGGUCGCCGCCUCGCAGAUCCUCGAGCUGUCGCUCCUCGCCGCCAGCCUGCGAGCCCAUUCGCACCCGGGUGCAUCGCCCUCCGAGAGACUCGCCGACGCCGAGCGCGCCAGGGUCAUGCUCGACCGCGUGCUUCGCAUCAUCGAGGCUGCUCAGCACGAGCUGUCGGGCGGCGUCUCUGUCCACGAGUCCGAAGAAAUGCCCGAGUCCGGUGCCAACGGUUCCGCCGAGGUCAGCGGGCCGCUCGCCAAGGCGCUCACCGUGCUGCGUGCCGAGGAGCUCAGCAAGUCUGCCCUCGAGGCGAUCGCGGCGCUCGGAGACGACCCGCUGACCCACGUCGAGUUUGCCAACCUGCUGCAGACCGAGGACCUGAUCCGGGCCACCGCCUCUUACAGCGACGCGCUUCGCCUCGCGAACAAGGCCGGCGACGACGUGUCGUCCGCGCCGCUCAAGGCGAGCCUGCAGACCAACCUAGGGGCCAUUCUGUCGCUGCGGGCUUUCGAGGUGCCCGAGAGCGAUGUGCAUCGGCAGGACGAGCGCACUUGGCUGCUCAGCCGGGGCAUCUCUCGCCUCGAGUCGGCCAUCGCGGGAGCGUCGACCGCUGCCGUCGAUGCGAGCCAGCCCGAGACGCAGCGCGUGCUCGAGGCGGUCAAGGUCGUGUCGAGCUUCAACCUCGGACGCGCCAACGAGGUGUCCGGUGGCCUGGACCAGGCCAAGCAGGCCUACGAGGCGGUGCUGCGCGCCCACCCGGAGUUUGUCGACGCCAAGGUGCGGCUGGCACUGCUGGCUGUCGGCACCGCGCCCGCCCCCGGUCCCGAGGCCGCCGCCAAGAUCCGCCAGCAGCGCGACACCGCCAACUCGCUCCUCAAGGAGGCACUGGCAUCCGACCCGGGGAACCUCGAUACGCGAGCCACGUACGUCUGCUUCCUUGCCGGCGAGCUGCCUGGCAACCCGACGCCCGCCUGGGCCGCCAUCAAGGACUUCACGGCGCAGCUGUUUGCCGGACCCGAUGCAGGCAAGUCGGUGUUUGGCAGCGCCGCCGCCGCCAAGGCCGCUGCCGACGAGGGUCGUCGGGAUCCGCACACGCUCGCCAGCCUCGGCUGGGCGUACUACCAGCUGGCGAUCCACGCCCAGCCAGGCCCGGACGUCAAGGCGGAGCGCGCCAAGGGCAUGAUGCGAGCGGCCGACCUGAUGGACAAGGCGCUGGCCGCCGAUCCGCGCUGCGCCUUUGCCGCCCAGUGCAUGGCCAUCCUCCUCGCCGAGGACGCGUUUGGCGAGAUCAGCCGAGGCAACACGAGCCACCCGGCGCUGGGCGGCAAUGCGACGCCCGACGAGCGCCGCAAGAAGAACGCCGACGAGUCCAUCGCCAUCCUCUCGAAGCUGCGCGAGGUGCGCGAAGAGGGCAGCGUCCACAUCUGCAUGGGCCACGCGCUCAUGAUCAAGGACGAGUUUGAGCGGGCGCUCAAGGCCUACGAGCUGGCGUCGCGCCGGUACUACCAGGGCGCCAACGCCACCGUGCUGCAGUACAUGGCGCGCGCCGAGUACGCGCUCGGCAUGCAGGCCAAGUCCUACACCAACCUCAAGAACGCCUUCCAGCACCUCGAGAAGGCCAAGGCUAUCGUGGCGGCGGAGCGAGGCCGCCAGCACCCCGAAUGGAUGCAGAUGGCCUACAAUCAGGCGGUCAUGGCGCACAAGAGCCUCCAGCUGCUGUUUGACCUGCCGCGCGAGAAGAAGACGUCGACCGAGAUUCGCGAAGCCAUCGACGCCGUCGAGACGGUGCAGCGCCUGCUCGUCUCGCCCGCCGGUGCGGCCACCGCCGGCGCCGAUGGAGACGCGGCUGCCGCUGCCACGGCCGCUGGGGGCGGCGAGCUGUUCCAGGCCGCGCAGAAGGGCCACCUCUCGUACAUCUCUGCCGAGAUUGUUGAGCAGCGCGGAAAGUACGGUGAGGGAUCGCUGCUGCGCCAAGGCCCCGGCGCGCUGUCCGAGCAGGAGGCGUUUGAGGAAGAGCGAAGGAAGGCCAAGGAGGCCGUGAUCCAGGCGCGACGCGAAAAGGAACUGAUCCUGGAGCAGGAGCGCAUCCGGAGGGAGGAGCAGCUGCGGCAGGAGGCCGAGACGAUGGCUGAGAAGCGUCGGCUGGCGCGCGAAGAGGCGCGCAAGAUUGAGUACACGCGCGAGCCGACGCCGGAGAAGGAGCCCCGCCGCAAGAGGGCGCCGGCCAACGGCGAGGGCGACGAGGACGAGGAGGGAGGUGGUGGACGGGGCAAGCGCCGGCGCGGCCGGGGAGCCGGGGGCAAGAAGAAGAAGAGCAAGGGUCGCAAGGCGGCCGCCUCGGACGACGACGACGACGACGACAGCAGCAGCGCCGACGACGACGAGGCCCUGUUUGGCGGCGGCGGCGGAUCGAGCGACGAAUCGAGCGACGCCCAGGAGUCGGAGGAUGGCGAUGCCGAGAUCAUUCGCAACGGACUGGCGGCCGGUGUCGGCGAGGGCGACGACGAGGGCGCUGCGACCAGGAGGCGGGGCGGGGAGGGCAAGGGACGACGCAAGAAGGAGGAGCGCAAGAGGAAGCGGGACGGCAAGAAGAGGCGCAAAGACGUCGACGACGAUGACGACGCCGACGGGGGCGGCAAGAAGAUCAAGAGGCGCAAGAAGCUCGUCAAGCGCGUCCGCGAAGACUCGGACGGCGACGAGGAGCAGGGCGGCCGGGCCGCCGCCGACGACGACGACGACGAGGAUGAGGGGGUAGCGGCCGCCAGCAGCGGCCGUCGGAAGUCGGGCGGCGGUGGCAGGGCCAAGAAGUCGAGGGUCGAGAACGACAUGAUUGACUCGGACGAGGAGAUGAUGAUGCUCGGUGGCAUGCCGGGCGACGACGACGAGGGCGGUGCCGGAGAGGCAGGCGAGGCUCAGCAGGGCCAGCAGGACGAGGAGGACGCGGAGGGCGGCGCGGCGGAGGACAAGGGCGGCGACGGACCCAACGACGACGACGAAUGA